AUGGAGGAUGUAACAACCACUGUACCCUUUUCGUCCCUUCAAAAAGAUCUCAAAGCAGGAGAUGAAGUCCGCAUUCUUUUGGGAGACCACGAAGGUGUUAUGGGUUGGGUAGUGAAUCAAGACGAGGACUAUGUGUGCGUCUUCAAUGACAGGACUGGUACAGAGAUAGAGGUAUCUCCGGGAAUUGUCCAGUUCUUCACCUCCCCCUUCGUCUUUGGAACAGAGUCCUCGGAAUUGAAAGCUCCCUUCACAGAUGCGCAAAAGCGUGUCAUGAAGGGGGACUCUAACAGUCAUCUUGUAGGAAAACAAGUAAUGGUCACCAAGGGGGAUUUUAGAGGUUACCGAGGCAGAAUCAAAAGCACGGUCAGUGAAAAAAGGGUCUUGGUCGAGCUCAAGGCACGUGUGAUAUAG